CCCCUGAAGGAGUUGAGGACCUAUAACUCCUGUCCCCUCAUGCAUUUAUUCAUGGUUUAUAAGCUUAACGCUAGGUAUAAUGACAAGUUAAAUGAUUGACAUUGUGGACCAGUGAACCGGAAACUGUAUUGGUCUGAGUUUCGCGGUUUUAAGAGACCUUUUUAUACUCUUACAUUCGGGUUAUCAUGGCUUCCCAAAUCGUGCUGAUCUCUGGUUGUUCUAGCGGCAUAGGACUCGCUACAGCCGUGUUUCUCGCUAAAGAUGCUGACAAACGCUUCAAGGUUUACGCCACCAUGAGAAAUCUGGCGAAGAAAGGACAGCUGGAGGAAGAAGGAAAGGAGUGUCUUGGAGACACAUUGAUUAUCAAACAGAUGGACGUGUGUAGUGAUGAAUCAGUCGAGAAAGCUGUUAAAGAAGUGCUGGACGCUGAGGGAAGGAUUGAUGUGUUGUUCAAUAAUGCUGGCGUGAGUUUUUAUUCCCCAGUGGAGUGUGUUCCUAUCAGUAUUGCUCAAGACAUGUUUAACGUGAAUUUCUUUGGUACUCUCCGCUUAAUCAAGGCAGUGCUACCCAGCAUGAAAACGAGACAAAGCGGGCACAUCAUCAACAACAGUUCUGUGUCAGGGAUUAUGGGUAUUCCUUUUCUGGAUAUUUAUUCAGCGUCAAAGUUUGCUGUUGAAGGGUUGAGUGAAUCCUUGGCUCCACUUCUACAACAGUUUGACAUCAGGUACACGUUACUGGAACCAGGCCCCAUUGAUACUCUGAUCGGUGAAAAUGCAACGGAGUGGAGCAAAACCAUGGACAACGGUACGGCUGACGAGAAAACGGCGAAGUUGCAGGGGAUAGCAGGAAAAAAAUUCGAAGAGCUAGUCAGCAAGAAAAUGAAAUCGAUUGAAAUAGCAGCCAUUGUUAAAGAGAUCAUACUAGGCCAGAACACUAACUUUCGUUGCCUCACAAAUGUUGAAUUUCUUAACGAAGAAAUUGCCGCCAAGCUGAAGGAUUCUGCCACUAACAAACCAAUGGAAAUGAUAAAGACACGAUUCUUUGAAGAACAGAAGGAUGAAAGCUAUAAUAUUUGAACCCUUUCACUCCAAGAGAGAAACGUCAUUUUCCCUCAUAGAUAGCUAUGGAUACGACUUUUUUAUGAAAGUUGGUAAAUAGAAUUUGUUCAUAGAAGUCGACAUUCUGGCCUUCAACAGUAGGAGUGAUUAUGUACGAAGCUAGGUAGGUUCGCCUCAGCAUCAUAGUUUGUUGUCACAGUUUUACCAGUGUUUCUCUAGUUUAAGCUAACACAUUUUUUUGUUUUUUAUUUUUUUUGACAUCGAUUAAAAGCUAGUAUGUACUUUGCUAAUUUGGCUAACUUUCAAGCUAUAGAAUUCGUGGACUGACCCGUUCCGAAAACGCUCCAAAUUUUUUAGGGUAGGCCCACCAUCAAUGACGUGUUUGUUUGUAUAUGAGAUGAACGUAUAUCUGGAAAAGCACGAUUCUUUCCAAAGCUUACUUCACAAAGCACGCCAUCAUUCUGUAAAUUAUGUUGCUCAAGAAGAGCGAGCACACGAUUAAAAAGCUGCCGCAAAUCUAAUCCCCAGUUUCCACGCACUCCGCUGGCUUGUUCCACCCAUUUGGCGAUCAAGAUGAACGGCUUGCAUUUUUAGACUCGGGCUUUCCUACUGAAGACUAGUCUGUUCACAGACGUUUACUUUUUUGCUAAGAGUUAUUUUUCUUGGAGCGUGCGAGUUAUGUGAGCGCAGAGCGCGAGAGCGCGAGACUGGCCUAUUCUGAUCUUUCCCCAGCCCCAUCCCAUUGCGUUUUAGCGCGUACCGUGAUCCCACGCGGCGGGUUAAUAUUUCGCUAAGCUUGCGAUCUAAGACGAACUCAAGACAAAAUAGAGGGUCUGUGGACAGGCUAACUGAAGCCCAAGUAGUUAAAUUUGUUUGUUGCUUCAGUAAAACCAGAAGCAUGUGAAGGUAAAAGCAGCUGCUGUCAUACGCUUAUUAUGAAGGUGUUUCAACUCUCAGUUCUUCUGGCGAAUCAUACAUAAUACUUCCAAUUACUUUUUACCGCGGUCUCGAAUCAAUGUGAAAAUUGAACCAGAUAUAUUGGAGCUGGAUUGAAGUUUUUGCCAUAAUGUAUAUAUUUUUUUAGGGGAAUUAAUAUUUUCACGGAAA